AUGAACAAGAUCAGCCUAUUAAUCCUAUUCCUGGCUUGCCUUUGCUUGGUCACGGAGGCCCAGUUGACGUUCACGUCAAGUUGGGGCGGGAAACGAGGAGCGGUGACGGCUACAAUGUCAUGCAGAAGCGACGAGACAAUCGCUGCUAUUUAUAAAUUAAUCCAGAAUGAGGCCGAGAGACUUCUCCUUUGCCAGAAACCCUAA